CUUGCGUGGAGUAUUCGCCAAGAGGCCAGCAGGUCAUCUCAGGCAGUAGCGACAAGACGAUGCGACUGUGGGAUGUGAAAUCCGGUCAGUGUUUGGUGGUCGUUAAAGAUUUUCAUGGACGCAUCUCCAGCAUCGCAUGGAACACGACUCUCGAUGGCACUUAUUUUGCAACUGGCUGCAGCGAUAAAUCCGUUCGCGUGUGGCAACUAUUAGAAGAGGAGGAUGGCUAUCGCGUAAGCCUGCAUUGGGGUUCGAACCAUGGUGGACUUGUCGUGUCGGGUAUCACUAUCCAAGAAGCACAAGGCUUGAGCAGGGUAAAUGCGAAGCUAUUGCUGCAGCGUGGCGCUGUGGGCGACCCAGUCCCUCCUUUGACCUUCCGCGGAACUAGUGAGAAGCUGGUCACCAUGGCAACUGUUGUAUCUCAGCUUGGGAUGCAGCCAAACCGCAGCAUGUCGAAUACCCUCCCAGCGGCUGGUCCCCCGGCAGAGAGUUAGUAACGCCGGUUGUAUAGGCGGAGAUAUGGCUCGGAAAUUGAUAGCGGCAGCUUAACUCUUACUUUUUGCAAGUCUUCUGCUGGUGCAUGGAUGCGCCUCCUGAAGAAGACAGACAAACAAGCAUACAAGUCUCUUGUCAUUGACAAGUCCUGAAAAUAAAAAAUGGCAGCUUAUAACAA